ACAACGCUAGGCGCUAAGUGAAGCCUCUUGCAAGUGAUAAACAGAAGCCACCAGACUCUAAACGUCCCUCCUGUCCAAACGGUGGAGACAGAUGGACCGAGAGAGUCCAUGUGCCUCACACAUUUCCAUUUUUGACCGUGUCUGCAGUUGUCCUCCUAAAAUAACCCCCAUUCCUCACGGCCUUAUAUGUGCAAGGCCUGUUCGAGACCACAGUCUGGAGGAGAAUCGCAUACAGUAUCUAGGCCACGUAAGACACGGUCUCAUUGUUGCUUUGCGGUUGUAAGCAGGCCAGGAUAAAGCCCGUGGUCUGUAUUAAACUCAUUUGUUUAUUUUUCUGCCCUACUAUGCAUCUCACAGAACUGGAUCAGGAGUGUUUGCUGCACAUUUUCACAUACCUUGAUAAGGAUAGUCGACGAAACCUGUCUUUGACCUGUUCACGGUUACGACAAGUCUUCCUGGACCCUCAGCUGUGGAUGCUGCUCCACUUUGGAUCUCCAUGCGAGCUGAGAAGGGAUAACUUUAUUCUGGGCGCUUCGCUAAGGUACCUGGCUAUAUGCUGGCACUCAAGUAGGGUGAAAGUCUGUAACAUCGAGGACUGGAUGAAGACAACAUUCCAGAAGGACCUGUGCAGCAAGCAUGAAAAUCUUGUCAGUGACUUCCUGGAGCGUGUUUGUCACAUGUGCCCAAAUUUACUCACACUGACUCUUUCUGGAUGCGGCCACAUUACAGAUCACAAUGUCAUCGACGUGCUACGGUGCUGCAGACGGCUGCGCAGCCUGAGUCUAGAGAACUGCUCUCGGGUGACGGACUCUGUCCUGAAGGCUGUGGUGGACCACGGCCACAACCUUACAGACGUAAGGGUUGACUUCUGCCGCAACGUGACUCAAGCAGGCCUGCGGGAAGUCAGGGAAAAGAGACCACAAGUACACUUGAGCGCACUACACAGUGCAGAUAUGAUUCCAGACAACAAGCCUGAGGAGAAGACAAAGAUCAGGAGAGCUCUGCAGAAGUUCCUGAUCUUCUCCUGAGAGAAGACUUUAUUUGAAGUUAACGUUUUAACAUAUAGGCUAUUCCUUUUUUUAAACUUUUUAAUGAGGUUUAUUUUGUAAUUUUGUAUUUUGUUUUUUCAAAGCUUUCCAAGUUUAAAGAGUUAAGUGAGGCCACACCUCAUAAAGUCUUUAUCUAAUAAGUUUCUUUUCCAAUGUCACUGCAAUGUCUUCAAGCAUCUGAAAUGUUUCUGUUAUCACUAACUAUACAGUAUGCUGGUAAGGUUCAUAAAUGAGUCAACAGUACUGUUUGUACCUUCA